CUACUGCAGAGUUCUCGCUGGGGCAGUACUGUUCAGGGUUCAUCACACACACUGAAGUGGAAGUCCAGUUUGAGAGAAAGCAUUUACACCGGUUUUUGAAGAAAGAAGAAACCUUAGGGACCAAAGGAUUACAAUAUGAACCGGACAACCAACAGGCAAACCACCACUUCAUCCUCGUACAAGAGGAUGUUCGGCGGCGAAGGACGCCCCGGUGUCGGGAUGGCUCGGUCUACCUUGUCUAGCCGCCAGUACUCGAGCCCGGUGCGCUCCUCUCGGAUGUCCUACAGCGUCUCCUCCGCUCCGCCGAGCAUCUAUGCCUUCAAGAAUGUCCGACUCCGCAGCAGCGCCCCUAUGCCCCGGCUCUCGUCCGACAUGGUGGACUUCGCUCUGUCCGAUGCCAUCAACUCGGAGUUCAAAGCCAACCGGACCAACGAGAAGGCGGAGAUGCAGCACCUCAACGACAGGUUCGCUAGCUACAUCGACAAAGUGCGCUUUCUAGAGCAGCAAAACAAGAUCCUGUUAGCGGAGCUGGAGCAGCUAAAGGGCAAAGGCGCGUCCCGCAUCGGGGAUCUGUACGAGGAUGAGAUGAGGGAUCUGCGGAGGCAGGUGGACCAGCUCACCAAUGAGAAAGCCCAUGUCGAAGUGGACCGGGACAACCUAGGAGAGGACAUCGAGAGGCUCAGAGAAAAGUAGGCAACGAAUGUACUUUAUUUUCUAAAUUCCCCCCACCCCCCCAUCUCAGAAGCACUAUAUGAACAAUUAAUGCGUAAAACUGCCAAGAGAGACUACACGUCCCUUUUCACUUUUUGUUCCACAAGACCUUUGUUGGAAUAAAUUCAUUCAUUCCCAAAAAAAUGUAUUGGCAACGGUCCAUGCAUGCUUUAGUUCUUUGUAAAGCCAUUAGCCCACAGCCCCAGAACUGCAUGCAGAUUAAGGGCAAUUAAGCGCUCUUCCCUGUCAAAGAUUUAGCUGUUUUGUUCAAAGCCUGGAUGGAGUUGACGUUUUGCACUGAACAUAUUAUGCAAUCACGAAAUACUUGAAAAUGAGCUCAUUCUUCCAAUGGCAGCUUUCCAUUGGAAUAUUUGGGCUGUUUUUAAAGAAAGGGGAACGAUUAUCCUUUUCUUGCACAUAUAUGGCUAAUAAUAAUGUUGUAGCAGAUUUCAAAUAGUAUAAGUUAUUGGUAAAAGUAACCUCAGAUAAGACUCAAGAUGUUAUGGUGAUAUUAGUCAGGACUCAGGAGUAGCACUAUAGCCUUCCCUACUCCAGGACUUCCUCACCAAAUGUGGGUGUGGCACUUGAAAUGAAUUAUGUAAUACUCUCCAAUGCUAUUUUCAGGCUCCAGGAUGAGAUGAUCCAGAAAGAGGAAGCGGAGCACAACCUGCAGAGCUUCAGACAGGUAUUCACAUAAUUAUUCCUUCAUUCUAUUCAUCCUUCAUCUAAAAGAAGUGCAAACACAACAAACAUUCUAUUUGUGUUAUGCAAUCUAUUUUUAUGAAUUAUUUAUCAACAGUAAACGACAUAGUCCUGUUCAUUUCAUACUGAAUACUUGUGAUUGUUUUUUCCUACUAAAGCAUGUCUUUUGAAAUGUGAAGAUCAACAUCAUGCCUGGUGAAGUUGCGUAGGUCCCAUGUAGAGAUGUUUCACCUCGUGUCAAUCUCUAGUCAAACAGCCAGCCAUGUUGGGCGUGUUGCAACCAACUCCAUUUGACCAAAGUCUUGACACGAGUGUGUUUUUAUUUUUUUAGUAUUCUUUUUAGUAUUUUUUUCUUCUUGUGUAUAUCCUAUAUGUAAUUGUAAGAUGCAGGGCACCCUCGCAAAAGAGACGUUGGUCUCAGUGGCAUGCCCUGUUAAAAUAUAAAGUAAAAUGAAGUGUUUUUUGCUGUUCAUUCAUGGAGCGCAACGUGUGCAGUUUACAUUAGAAUGACUGCCUUUCCACUGAUGCUGGCUACUCAAGUGUUACUCUAGACAUUUUAGAGAAGGUAUUUUGGGGAUUUAGGUCAAAUCGCCAUUGGUUUUCAUUCAUUUGGUGGCAUUACAGUAAGGAGCUGUUUUGAAGGCUUUGUUACUGCGGACCUUGGUGGUUAUUGAUCUUCUCGUACACCUCACAGUGGGCUCCCCAUUCAGAAUGCAGUCUCAUUCAAAUGAGCAAUAUAACUUUUGUUUCGGAGAGAACAUUAAAUCAAGUAGAGCUCCCUGAUAAUGUAUACGCAACCUAAUACAUCAUUCUAAGAAUAGGGAUACACCUUAUCCUCAUCAAGAUGCCACUUUCUAGCCUACAUUGCUUUUUUUUAUCACUUUUGUUCUCCCCUUGGGGAAUUACCAGUGGAACACGUAGUGGGGUGAGGUUGUCAAAUAUAAUGUGACAAGAGCCCAGCUGUUGAAACAACUGUCCGACCCGAACAGAGGAAUGUCCACAGCAGCUCUCCUCCAUCCAGGCCCGGUCUGGUCCGGGCCAGUCACUGUGUCUGGGUCCUAAACACAGAGCUCAAUGGACAGCUUUGUCCCAGUUGGGGAAAUGAUGGCAGGAAAGCUGAUUCUCCAAUGCCAUUGUUUCUGUUCUGUUGAUGAGGAGAUGGAGAGGGGGGUUGUGGGUUAAAUGACAAAGCAAGCUGUUGUCUGGGUGGGCGGUACCAGUGGCGGGGGUGGGUGAGCGGCUCUGACUGACCUCAGGGCACUGGUCGGCCGGCAGGCAGCAGACAAAUGGAGACCGUGUUUGUUCAAGUACAUCUGGCGCUGGCACCAAGGGCUCUCCAGAUCCGGGCCAGACGGAGACAGAGCUGAGACCAGAGGCCAGCAAUCUGUAUGUGUGUCCAGCAGCAAAGCUCUUAUGCUGGAAAUACUUUAAAAUGUAGCUUUAUUGACAUAUGAGGCUGAUUUUAUAUCUGAUUCCUGACUGAUUAUUUUCCCCCAGUAACUACGCCACACUGUGCUGCUUGUUCACGUAUUCUUCAUUAGGGCUUUUAAAUACAGUAAACGACUGCUUCUCUGUGGGAUUUAAUGUCAUGGUGUUGCUGUGACAAUACAGGAAGCUAGGAGUUUGGAUCAAGAUGAUCAGCACUGACAGGCCAUCAGGAUGUGAAAAAUAUAUGGGUCAAAUACAAUGCAUUAUACAGAAGUUACCUGAGACCUAGUAAGGAGACCAUGUCUCUGGAUUUGGAAAAUGGGUUAAAGUAUUUUAUGAGAUAUUACGUUUUUAUUUCCAAAAUGCUAUAGCUACCAAUUUUACACAUUUGUGUUUUUUCAUCAGAAAUGAUUUCUUAUGGGUACCUUCCUGUGUGUAAAUUAUUACUGUUCUCAGAUUUGUAAUAGAUUUGAGAUAUGUAUGAAAAAUGUGACUCUGUGGUUGUCGCACCUAGCUAUCUUAAGAUAACUUAACUUACUGUAAGUCCCUUUGGAGAAGACCACCUGCUAAAUGACUGACUUUAUUGAAUAAUACAUUAAAAAAACAUUUGUAAAAAUUUGUCAAAUGUAUAAUUUGUACAUUUCUUUAUUGUUACAUUUGACUGUAAAACCUAUGUCUCUGAGUGAGGCGGAUAUAGCAUUUUGAAAUGACAUGAAACCAUCAAGUGAUAGAUUUCAAACAAAUAUAUGCCUGUCAUUGAACAACCCCAUCCCAUGAUUAGAUUGUUUUUUCACUAUUUCUUUAAAGGAUGAAAGCUAAUUUACCAACAUUUGUGAAAAUAUAUAGCGUUUUGGCAUGAAACUCUUCGUAUGCCAGAUAGAAGACUCUUAUCCUAACAUUUUAUGUACAGGUGGUCCCAGGUUCGAACCCACUAUCCUGGCAUUGCAAGUGCCAUGCUCUACCUACUGAGCUACAGAGGACCAUUUAUGCCAUUGUGGUUCAGUAUUGAGGAUGUGGACCACUAUUUACUGCAAUGCCACUGUACGGGAACAUAGAAUGUGAUUGAUGUAAAACGUUGUUCUGAAUGUUUCCUGUGAUGUAGGAUGUGGACAAUGCCUCCCUAGCUCGUCUGGACCUGGAGAGGAAGGUGGAGUCUCUUCAGGAGGAGAUCAUCUUCCUCAGGAAGCUGCAUGACGAGGUAAGUGUCUCACCUGACACCCCCCACCCGUCCCAACAGACAUACAGCUGACGGUGGUGUUGUCACUUAAGUCUGUCCAUCUAACCUUACACCCCCACCUGUGCCAAGUUCGAACAGUCCGUGUCCAGCCACCACCUCCGUCACCAAGUCCUGAGAGGAUCACGGUAUUGGCCUGUCCAGCAGAGUCAUUGCCAUGUUGAUUACACACACUCAGCGGAUCGGAAGUCUGGGAAUUACUGUCUAGAGGAUAAAUGCAUGGCAGGUGGAGCGACGACACAGAUCAAGGAGGAUUACCCCACACAGGAAGUUCAACAGCAAACCAUUUUUAAAAAAUGGUUUGUGAGAAAUCACAUUUGAAGGGAUGGCUGAAUAUGUAAACCAACAUAUCUCAAGUUACCCAACUACAUGAGUAUACUGUAACAAACACACCUGUGUGACCACGGUACAUUAUUGGACGUUAGCCAGUGAGGUAACCUUCUGAUCUGCAGAUCUAAGAUCAGUGCUGUAACCGUCCCUCUCUCCUCUAUCUACUCUGUAGGAGGUUGCUGAGCUGCAGGCACAGAUCCAGGAUCAGCAUGUUCAGAUCGAUAUGGACGUGGCCAAGCCUGAUCUGACGGCUGCCCUGAGGGACGUGCGUGUGCAGUACGAGACCCUGGCCAGCAGGAACCUCCAGGAGUCUGAAGACUGGUACAAGUCAAAGGUCCGUACCCCUCACUCACACAAUGGCUGCAGCCCAAAUGGCUUUGGUCAAAAGUAGUGCACUAUAUAGGGAAUGGGGUGCUAUUUGGGAUGCAUCUGUGUCCCCCUCACACUGUCUGUCCUCUACUUGUCGUUCAAUCCUUCACACUGGCUUUGUCUCUUUGGCCCUGUCUGUCACAAAUCACAAUGAAAGUUGAUACUUUGAGAGGAUGUAGUAGGUUAGUGUCUUGCUAUGGAGCCUAACACCAUCAGGGUUUUCAAUCUUUGAAGAUCGAUUGCAAUUGCCCAUUAGUUCACAGUUCUACGAAGACAAAGCUGUCCUACCAUGACAAAGCACAAUAGCAGUUCUAGUGUGCGGUUCUAGCAGUGAUCUCUCUCUAGGGAUGACCGAGUAGACGUGUCCAGCAGGGCUAUUCCCUAUAGGAUUAGCUUUUCAGUCUCCUAACAGGCCAGAUGGUGCUGUAGGGCUCAGUGGAUUGAGUAGACAGCUGACCGCUCAGAGUCAAUGACAAUGGUCUGUGAGUGACCGCAGAGUGCCUUGCUCAAAAUAAAUUGAUCUUCUCGAUGGAAAACUAAAUGGAGACAUUUGAGGACAAUGGAUAUUGGAUAAAAAGUCAUACAAAGUGGUUUCUCUAAUGCUGUAAAAGUGUUUGCAGAGAGCGAGAGAUACAAAUUGCCUGUGUGUUGAGUUAAGAAAGGCUAAACGUCUGGGCUUACAGCCAGGGUGAGAAAAGAAAGGCUGAGCGUUCAGCUUUUAAUCUCAGGGUUCAGGAGUAGAGCAGAGUUUUCUCAUGCAAGUCCCUCUCUCUCUUGCUCACUCACCUUCUGUCUAUCCCUUUGCCUCUCAGACUCCCCCACAUCAAUUAAGGCUAAUUAAAAAGCCUUUUAAUCUCUUUAAUGAUAACUAACAAGGCCUCUGCCCUCUCUCUGCCCCACCCAUAUAUCUUUCUUUAUAUCUCUCCCUCCCCCCUCUCAGUUUGCUGACCUGUCGGAGGCUGCGACCCGUAACACCGAUGCCAUCCGCCAGGCCAAGCAGGAGGCUAACGAGUACAGGCGUCAGGUACAGGCCCUAACCUGUGAGGUGGACUCUCUCAAAGGAACUGUAAGUACCUCCUGUGCAACCACUAUCCCUGUUCACUUCCUUUCUUGACUUAUUCCUUUCAGCUCCUAGUGGAGCAAAGGGCCUCGAUAGUGAGUCUCCAGCAAACCCUACGUCUCACUACAGAGGAAAUAUAGUGUACUACUAGAGUGAAAAGUACCAGCAGAACAUCUCCUGUGCUGAGUCAGAUGAAAUGCAACUUUAAUGAAAUUAGUGGUUGAACACCAAAAAUAGACUAGCAAAACAACCUCAGCUGACUGAGUGCAUUCUGGUGUCCUCCCAAGACUUGAUUUAACAACCCAGAUGCAAAUACAAUGUUAACAGAAUUUCUGGAAGUGUCUUUGCAGAGAAUUUCUAAAUGUACUACUGUGUAGCAUCCCUUUACCCCAGACAAUGACCUGUGUCUUCUUGCUCUUGGUAGAGCAAGUCCCUCCCAGUCUCUUCUAUAUAUUUGCUUAGACUCCUACAGCCACAUCUCAGGGCAACCUAUAUGAGAGCAUAAUUUAACCUGAAACAAUGAGUAAUCUCUUCUUAUCAACCUAUGAUGUGUAGAAUGAGUCCCUGGAGCGUCAGAUGAGGGAGCUGGAGGAGAGCUUUGGCUGCGAGGCUAAUAACUUCCAGGACACCAUCGCUCGCCUGGAGGACGACAUCAGGAACAUGAAGGAUGAGAUGGCCCGUCACCUCAGAGAGUACCAGGACCUGCUCAACGUCAAGAUGGCCCUGGACAUAGAGAUCGCCACCUACAGGAAGCUGCUGGAGGGAGAGGAGAGCAGGUGAGGUCAUGAUGGUGAUGGACAUGGAGAUAGAUACCUACCACAAGCUGCUGGAGGGAGAAGGGAGCACGUGAUAUAAACAGAGAGGAAUUGGAAAGAGAGAGGAGAGGAAGUAGAGUUAAUGAGAGCGGGUGCACAUGAGGGGGAGUGUAUGUAUGUAUAUAUAUAUAUAAUUUGCCUGUGUGUUUGUGUACUAUAAGUGUCUUUUGAUGUUUAUGGUAGUUUAUACAAGAGACUGAUGAGUCAAUACUGAAACAAACAGGUUUUAUCUUGUGUUCUCCUCUGGACUGUAGAUAAGCGUAUUAAAUGGGCCUGUAAGGAAGAUUAGUGUAUCUGUGGUUUGCAUGCCAGUUACUCAAAACCUCAGACGUCUAGCUGUGUCUAAUGCGCUUUUCCUUCUCUCCUCCCCCCCUCUCUUUCUCACUCUUAGAAUCACCACUCCCAUGCCCAACUUCUCAUCAUUUAACCUGAGAGGUAGGUUCCAUUUUGAUAAAGCUAUAAAACAGAGCACUACCUCCUGUGGAAACGCAUUACUCAUGAGGAUAUCCUGAACACUAGCUUGACAACUUCACCAGAGAACCAGCAGAAUUAUCCUCAUAUAACCUCGGAGUGAUGCAGCUGAGCCUUAUAAUUAUUGAUAGUUGGGACUCUGAAAGUCCUUCUCAAAGAGAAAUCAUGUAAUGGAAUGUAACCGCUUAUACUGAUUUUAUAUGGCGACAUAAAGGUUGUAUACAACAGUAUGUAACAAUUCAGUUACUGAUUUGAUUAGGACGGUUAAUCAUGUGUUGUUGUAUUGUGAGUGGAACAUUUAAUAUCAUUGUAUCCCGGUUGCACUCUAUUCAAUAUUUUGUCUUAUUGCAGAAUCCAUGCUGGAGGCUAGACCAAUGAUUGAGAACCUGUCAAAGAAGGUUGUGAUCAAGACCAUUGAAACUAGAGAUGGUCAU